GUAAUUGCCUUUAGAGGCACCAUGAAAGGACGUGAAUUGUUCCAGGACAUGCAACUGAAUUUGUCUAUUGUCAAAAAUAAACUCGAUCGCAAAUCCCGUUUUGAAAUCGCGAUGAAGGUUGUAGAGGAAAAAGUUGCUGAAAUUGGUCAGGGUAAUGUUAUUCUUGUCGGGCAUUCCUUAGGGGCAGCUAUAGCUUUACUUGUUGGAAAACAUAUGGCCAUUGAGAAGGGAAUUUACCUAGAAACUCUUCUCUUUAACCCACCACACACUACUGCUAUAAUGUUGUUAAGUGAGAAUAAGUUUAGGACAUUGAAAAAAGUUAUUCGAAGGACGAUGACAUUUUUAAAUGUUACUGGAAAUAUUCUAGCUUUUACAGAUGAAGAAAAAAAAGAAGAAGAGGAAAAGUUUACAAAACUGUCUUAUUGGAAACCAAACCUAUGUGUUCAUAAAGAGGAUCUGAUCUGUUCAGAAUAUCAAAGUUAUUUCAAUGAUAUGAAGAAGAUGGUGGAACAUGGAAUGGCGGAUAUAGCACACACUGCUGCUAGGGUUUCAGCUAUACACUUCUGGAGGAAGAUGCUGGGGAAGAAAUCAGAUAUUCCACUGCAUUUACUUCCAUCAGCAAAGCUGAUCAUAAUAAACCGGGCAAAGGGAAUUUUAGAUGCUCAUAAACUUCAACAAUGGUGGAAACCUGACCUGCAAUUUCAAUCUCAGGAAUUUUCUCUAUAUGAACAUUAGGAAAUGGCAACUGCAAGAUAUCUAUCAAUCUCCAUGGAUUGUUUUCCUUUGAGUGUUUUGUUAUUGUUGUAUGUUGAUUGUUUUAGUUAUUGUGA